AUGCAGUUAGGAAUCCCUUGCCAUAUUGAACAUUUGAGCAUACACUGUUGUGAAAGGCUAGAAAGGUUAGCAGAAAGCCUACACAGCUACAGAUCCCUUACGGUGCUAGGAAUUGAGGGAUGCCCAAGAUUGAUUUCAAUUUCAAAUGGAAACUUGCCUCCAAACGUAAGACGUUUAACCAUUAAGGAGUGUGAGAAUUUGCAGUACUUGCUGGAUGGAGUAAAUAACAACAUCAACAGCACGCCUCUUCUAGAGCACUUGGUGAUUGAAAAUUAUAAGUCUCUGAUAUCUUUAUCCUCAAGGGGCGAGUUACCUAUUAGGCUUCAACAUGUUGACAUUUAUGGUUGUGAAAAGUUGGCAUCCUUGUCAUCCAAUGGCAAGUUACCUAUGGGGCUUAAAUACCUCGAUAUAAGAAGAUGCAGAGCACUAGAGUCCAUAGCUCAAGAAAUUGAAGAGAACUCUUCCCUUGAAUCGAUGGUUAUCUGCGGUUGUGAUAAUUUGAGAUCUUUGCCUCGUGAAUUAAACAAGCUCAGAUAUCUUAGCCUUUCUCGGUGUGAAAAACUCCAUGCCUUACCUAAAUGCAUCCACAACAUCGUCUCUAUGCGAGAAUUGCUCAUAUUUGAUUGUCCAAGUGUGAUAUCAUUUCCGGAAGAGGGGUUCCCUCCCAAUCUCACUUCACUUACAAUCUUGCAACCCAAUAUUUGCAAGUCAGUGAUCGAGUGGGGUUUGCACAAACUCACCUCCCUUAAACAUUUGUCCAUCAACGGUGCUUCUCUAGAUGUGGUGUCUUUCCCAUGUGAGGAAAUGCUUCUGCCCCGCACUCUCACCUCCCUCACAAUCUUCGGUUUUCCAAACCUGGAAACUCUAUCCUCCAAAGGCUUUCAAAAUCUCAAAUUUCUUGAAUCAUUGGAAAUCCGAAGCUGCCCCGUGAUCAAAUUCCUUCCGGAAAAGGAGAUGUUUGACUCACUUUUGCAACUAGAUAUUGUUGACUGUCCACUGCUAAGAGAACGAUGCAAGGAGGAUGAAGGACAAGAGUGGCCCAAAAUAGCCCACAUUCCUUGCAUUCUAAUUGCUAAUUUGUUACCGGAAGAAACGCCCAGAAAUCAGAUGGUUCUCUCCAGUGACUCGCAGAGACUAGUGAGUAGUGCCUUCUUAGGAGCACACAAAGUGGUUUGCAAAAGCGGAUGGAAAGACCUGAAAAAGAAGAAUGCUGUUUACUUAGCUGAAGCAUGCAUUGCCUUCACUGCUGUCAAAUUGACCCUAUGGCAGCCUGAAUGA